AUGUCACAUAUUCUGAAACACAAGUCGUGGCAUGUGUAUAAUGCCAAGAACGUAGAGAAAGUACGAAAAGAUGAAGCUGCUGCUCAGGAAGAACAAGACAAGAACGAUGCCAGAGCUCAACUAGCCGAGCAAGAGCGUAGGAUAACGCUGCUACGACAUCAAAAACAAGAUCGUGAGAAGGUUGAAGAUGACCAUCCUGCUGAUCAACAAUCCAAGAAAUUAGAGCGCUUUCAACUUUUUGAUGAGCCUACUGCUUCUGGUGCCAAUCUUGAAUAUGAGGACGAGAAGCGCAAAGAAAAGGAAAAGCAAGACCGUCAGUAUACAAUGUACCUCGGACAACUCAAAGAUGCACCUACGAAAGCUCCGUGGUACAUGUCUAACGAUCCAGCACUGGUCGAGACCAAUGACGCCAAAGACGAGGAGAGAAUGAAGAAGGAAAUUGCAAAGCACCAGAGGGAGGAUCCUAUGGCAUCCCAAAUCAAAAAGUCAUCAUCUUCUUCCAAGAAACAUUCAACAACUUCCUCGCCGUCUUCCUCGUCAACUGGUAGUCAGUCAUUUGACAUUCAAAGACUUCGGGAACUGAGGCUGAAACGUGAGGCUGCUGAACGGGUCAAAACCAAAGUUUUGAUCAAUACGGGCAAGCCGCCAGAGGAUGUAGUGAAGCACGGGGAGGACACACGCUUCUUCCACUCGCAAUUCAAUCCAGAUCUUGUCAGAAGACCAGUAGACAGACCACCUGACAGAAAGAGAAGGCACGAUGGUGACGAGGGAGCACCUUCUGGUCGAUCAUCACAAAAUGUGCGCUUCAGUUAA